GAAAGGAAGGACAAGUCCCCGAGAGCCGCGGCGCCGCGAGCCCCUCACCAUGUGUCUGUAAAAAACAAUAGGGCAAAAGUUGUCGGACCUUCUUUUUUCUUUUUCUUUCCUUGUUUUUUAUUUUUUAUUUUUUAUAUGUAUUUUUUAAUUUAUAAAUUUUUUUUUUGGCCCCCCAAAUCCCAACAAAGCCAGGUGUAGGGUGCCUGUAAAAGCUGUGGAAUAAGCCGGAGCGGGACUGACACUUUCCCUACUUUUUGGUGGUUUCGGAGGGUCACACACGUGUGAGACAAUAAAGCACUUUGGCAGAAGAUUCCUCUCUUUUUAUUUUGAUUCUUUUGAUUCCUUUUCUUUUUUUCCUUUUUUUCCCCCCCCUUGGAAUAUUGUGAACAUAUUUGUGGCCAUUUAAGGUUUGUGUGAUUUUGCUAAAAUGCAUCACCAACAGCGAAUGGCUGCCUUAGGGACGGACAAAGAACUGAGUGAUUUACUGGAUUUCAGUGCGAUGUUUUCACCUCCCGUGAGCAGUGGGAAAAAUGGACCAACUUCCUUGGCAAGUGGACAUUUCACUGGCUCAAAUGUAGAAGACAGAACCAGCUCAGGGUCCUGGGGGAAUGCAGGCCAUCCGAGUCCAUCCCGGAACUAUGGAGAUGGGACUCACUACGAUCACAUGGCCAGCAGAGACCUCGGCUCCCACGACAAUCUCUCUCCUCCCUUUGUCAAUUCCAGGAUACAAAGUAAAACAGAACGAGGUUCCUACUCAUCAUACGGACGAGAUUCCAACUUACAGGGCUGCCACCAGCAAAGUCUCCUGGGAGGGGACAUGGACAUCGGCACCCCCGGAGCGCUGUCCCCGUCCAAGCCCGGCUCCCAGUACUACCAGUAUCCCAGCAAUAAUCCGCGCCGGAGGCCUCUGCACAGCUCCUCCAUGGAAGUUCAGACAAAGAAAGUUCGGAAAGUUCCUCCGGGUUUGCCGUCCUCAGUUUAUGCUCCCUCAGCCAGUACUGCCGACUACAACAGGGAUUCUCCGGGUUAUCCCUCCUCCAAACCAGCAGCCAGCACUUUUCCCAGCUCCUUCUUCAUGCAAGAUGGCCACCACAGCAGCGACCCCUGGAGCUCCUCCAGCGGGAUGAACCAGCCUGGCUACGGGGGAAUGCUGGGCAACUCUUCCCACAUUCCCCAGUCCAGCAGCUACUGCAGCCUCCACCCGCACGACCGCUUGAGCUACCCAUCCCACUCCUCAGCCGACAUCAACUCCAGUCUUCCUCCGAUGUCCACGUUCCACCGGAGCGGGACCAACCAUUACAGCGCCUCGUCCUGCACCCCCCCGGCCAACGGCACCGACUCCAUCCUGGCCAACAGAGGAAGUGGGGCAGCGGGAAGUUCGCAGACUGGUGAUGCCCUGGGGAAAGCACUCGCCUCUAUCUAUUCUCCAGAUCACACCAACAACAGCUUUUCAUCAAAUCCUUCAACUCCUGUUGGUUCUCCCCCUUCUCUCUCAGCAGGAACAGCUGUUUGGUCUAGGAAUGGAGGUCAAGCGGCAUCAUCUCCCAAUUAUGAAGGUCCCUUACACUCCCUGCAGAGCCGGAUCGAGGACCGGCUGGAGCGGCUGGACGACGCCAUCCACGUGCUGCGGAACCACGCGGUGGGAGCGGCGCCCAUGGCCGGGGCCCACGGGGACAUGCACGGGCUGCUGGGCGCCCACAACGGUGCCAUGGCCGGGCUGGGCGCCGGCUACGGCACCGGGCUGCUCUCGGCAAACCGCCACUCCAUCAUGGUGGGAGCGCACCGGGAGGACGGGGUGAGCCUCCGCGGGAGCCACUCGCUCGUGCCCAACCAGGUGCCCGUCCCGCAGCUUCCCGUCCAGUCAGCCACGUCCCCGGACCUGAACCCGCCCCAGGAUCCUUACAGGGGAAUCCCGACAGGACUGCAAGGCCAGAGCGUCUCGUCGGGCAGCUCCGAGAUCAAAUCCGACGAUGAGGGCGACGAGAACCUCCAGGACGCCAAGUCUUCGGAGGACAAGAAACUGGAGGAUGACAAGAAGGAUAUCAAAUCCAUUACUAGGUCAAGAUCUAGCAAUAAUGACGACGAGGACCUGACCCCGGAGCAGAAGGCGGAGCGGGAGAAGGAGCGGCGCAUGGCCAACAACGCACGGGAGCGGCUGCGCGUGCGUGACAUCAACGAGGCCUUCAAGGAGCUGGGCCGCAUGGUGCAGCUCCACCUCAAGAGUGACAAGCCCCAGACCAAGCUCCUCAUCCUCCACCAGGCCGUGGCCGUCAUCCUCAGCCUGGAGCAGCAGGUCCGAGAACGGAAUCUGAAUCCAAAGGCUGCGUGCCUGAAAAGAAGGGAAGAAGAGAAGGUCUCCUCGGAUCCGCCCCCGCUGUCCCUGGCAGGACCCCACCCUGGGAUGGGAGAUGCCUCCAAUCACAUGGGACAGAUGUAAAAAGGUCCAAGUCGCCGUGUUCCUGCCCGGAAAAGCGAGAGACCACUUCCUUAUCCGCUGUAUUCUCUUAAAUCCCACAGAAACACUUCUCCUUGCGAAACCCCUUUGUUUUGUAAGAUAAGACAAGUCUGAGCAGUUCUGAAUCCCAGACGCAAGAGAUUCCAGCAUUCCCGAGGGAAAAAAAAACCACAAAAAACCCACGGAACCCAACGAGAAAAAAAUGAAACAAAAAAGUGCAACUUUUGGAGGGAUGACUCUCUUUGAACAUAUCAAGCAGAAUGUCCAACUUGGAAUUCCGAGACUGAAUGGCAAUCUUUUUCCACACUGUGGGACAAUGCAUUUGUGCCUAAAAUUCCUUGGUUUUUUUUGGGUUUUUUUGGGUUUGAGGUUUUUUUUUUCGGUUUUGUUUUUGGGGUUUUUUUUUUUUUUUUGGUGGUUUUUCGGUGGUGGUUGUUUUUUUCUUUUUGGUUUUUUUUUUUUUGGUUUUUUUUUGGACAAAAAAAACAAAAAAGGGAAAAAAAAACCAUAAAAAAAAAAAGAAAAAAAAACCAAACAAAACAAAGAAUUUGUAAAAGCCUGAGGAUUUAAAAAAAAAUAUUUAAUUUAAAAACAAACAAACAAAAAAAAAAGGUAAACUUGCAAUAAUGAUAAAAAGUGUACUUCUGAAGAGGGGAAAAACGAGACAAAAAAUGAGGGAAAACGACGGAAAAUGAGUUUUUUUUGUUUUGGGGGUUGGUGUUUCUGCUCUUUAUCUGCCGGAAUGAGAUAUUUCCAAAAUAUUCCUGAAACCAGCAAAAACGUCCCAACGAAACGAAACGGAAAAAAAAUAGAACCUGAGAAUUUUAGCCAUUCCUUAGGGUAGGAGAAACAGAUGGAUCUUAUAGACCUAUGACAAAUAUAUAUAUAUAUAAAUAUAUAUAUAAAUCUAUAUGAGAAAUUUAGUGGAGAUGAUGGGUAAGGUUUUGUUCCUUCGGUUCCGACUUUUUUAUUUUGGCUCCUGUAAAAAAAAAAAGGGAAAAAAAAAGGAAAAAACCACAACAAAAUUAAAAAAAAAAAAGGAGAAUAGGAUUAACUUUUUUAAGAAAAAAAAAGACAAAAAGAGAGCUUUUCCUGUAAAUACGGAAUUUUUCGAGGGGGGAAUUCUCCCCCUUCUUUUCCUUGUUUUUUUUUUUUAUUAUCGUUAUUUUUGGGUUUUCCCCAUUUUCCUGGAGCCUGGAGUGCCGACUCCACGCCAAGCGGGUGGAACCACCGGCCCCGCCGUUGCUUCUCAUCCAUAACAAAUUUCCUGGGAUUUUAGGGGGCAGAGGGUGGGGGUGGGAAAUUUAAAAAUACAAACAAAAAAACAAACAAAAAAAAGCCAGAUUUGGGCCCCGUUUUUUCCCGGGAUUUUCCGAGGUGCAAGGUUAGGAUGCUACAAUGUUACCACUGUGCCUUCCAAUGUUUCUCCAUCGGCAAAACAUCCCAUCCUCCGAGUGGCUGAUUCCGCGUUCCCUCUUUGUGUAGCGAUUCCAGGGGCUGGGAGGGGGAGGGGAGGGAGGGGGGAAUUCCAAGGAGUGGGAUGGAUCGACUCCAUGUGCGGACUUUCCCCCCCCCGUCGUUUUCCUCGUUUCCGAGUGGAUUUUUUCCCCCCGAGCGCCUCAUUUUUGUUGUUGUUUUUUUUUUUCCGUGGGAAAUGCCAAUUUUUUGGGUCCUAACGAGCCUUAUGAGUCCUAAAGCAUUAAGUUGCACUUUGUCCAGGAGGGGGUUGAUUCCCGGAAUUCUCUGGCCAGUACAAAGGAAGUUUUUCCCGACCACGCCGCCGGUGGCACCGCAGCUCCGAAGUCUCGGCACAACCUGACUUCCAGAGUGACUCCCAAUCCUGAGUGACUUUGGUGUACAGAACCACGCCAGUGCUCAUUAAAUAUUUAUCAGCAUCCCUUUCCGUCUCCAAUCCCAUUUUUUUCCCAGCCCGGCGUGGCUUUCCAAUCCAACCCUCCCCCUCCCCCUUUGUCCGAGUCAAAUUCCCGCUGAAUAAACGCCAUAAAUCCAUCCCCGAAA